AUGAAGACUGUAGUUUUGACACUCCUACUAAUUGUUGGCGUGCUUUCGCAAUAUCCCACCUAUAUGAAUCCCGAUGACCCGGAGACUAUUGUAAGUUGGAUUAGGGCGAUAAGCGAGGUGUUCCCGCUGGUAGAACGUGAUCGGUUGCGGAAGACCACGGUAUUAGCUAUCGCUAACGUUAGCUUCUUUACCUCGGGUUAUUGUAACAUACAAAAGACCAAAAUUUACGGCAAAAAACAAAGGACUUUUGUCUAGACAUCAUUUGAUGUGAGUAUACCUCAAAAUAGGACCCGAGGAAUCUUAUUAUUUCUUCUAAGCCUUUUCCUAGCUUCCUCAUGCAUACAACGACGAACCAAUGCGAUCCAUAGUGUCGUUGGUCCGUACUGUCGCUGACCGAAAAAGCGGUAGCGCCCAAAGUCCGAUAUAAACGCCGAACCUCGAAAAUUUCCCUACUCCAAUUCCCUUACCUUUUAGCAAUUAACCAAUGCUUUGAUAAAGCAAUACGAAGCCAGAGUCAGCGCUCCCGGAAACGUGGGACUGAACCGUGUUCUGGAGGCUUACGUGACCGGUAAAGGCGAUCGAAUCGAGCAGUACCGAGUAAAAGCGAUGUUGAGAAUCAUCUCCAAGCACUCGAUGUCGUUUUGCAUGCAGUUCAAGGCCGUCAAAGUGGAAGGAGUCCUGACGAUGUACAAGUGGAACAUGUGUAAAAACUAA